AUGGCAGAAGCAUUCAAGUUCAAACUACUUCAAUCCACUCCUUAUUAUGCCCAAGCUAAUGGACAGGCAGAAUCAAGCAACAAGUGCAUAAGAAUUGCUCAACAACAUAAUUUGGUUGGGGAAGACUAUUCACAGGCAAUGCUGCUAGAAUUAGAAGGGCUGGAUACUAGCAGAAUUGAUACCCUCAACAAACUCUUAGCAGGAAAGCAGGCUGUGGCAAGAGCCUAUAACAAGAGGGUUAGAAACAAGAGUUUUGAAGAAGGAGAAAUCGUCUGGAAAGUAGUUCUGCCCCUUAGAACACACGUUACAUGGGAAGGACCUUUCAUAGUCAAGCAAGUCCUUGGAUUGGGGGCAUACAGAUUACAGGAUCAAGAUGGAGACAUCCAUGAUGUGCCAAUCAAUGGCAAAUGGUUGAAAAAGUUCUAUCCAACUAUGUGGGAUUCACAAGCAGUACAAACAUAUCCUGGAAUUGAGGAGGAAAGGGAUGGAACUAUUGUUUGA